AUGGCUCAAUCUGUUGACAUUUCUUGUCCCAAACCGUUUAACGUCCAAGGGGACAGUACAAGCCUUGGAAUCAGAUGGAAAAAAUGGCAGAACUCUUUCAACAUCUACGUUAUAGCUGCUGGCAUUACUGAUGACGUCCGGAAAAGGGCUCUAAUCCUCCAUUGUGCAGGGGAUGAUGUACAAGAAGUUUUUGAAACAUUACCAAAUGUGGGAACUACAUAUGCUGAUGCUGCUGCGGCAUUAAAAAUAUUUUUCGAACCAAAACAAAACAAACACUUUGAACGACAUGUGUUCCGGUGCUGUAAACAAAACGAUGGUGAGAAUAUUGAUGCAUAUGUUACCCGCUUACGCAUAUUAGCCAAAACAUGUGUCUUUCAUAACACCGACGAAGAGCUAGUUGACCAGAUUAUUGAAAAGUGCCACUCAAACAAACUACGCAAACGAAUUCUCAGGGAGCCAGAUCUCACGCUAGAAAAGUUGCUUUCUCUUGCUAGAAUCAGUGAAGUUACAUCCCACCAAGCAAAGCAGUAUGAAAGCAGUGCUCAAGCUGCCACACCUCUUACUUUAGAUAGCAAAUACAGUGACAGUGACGGAGAGGAAACCCAGAACAACAACUACAUCAGCCGAACUACUCGAACGUUCAACAAGCCACUGAAAUCAGGCAUCAACCGUAAAAAUCAGCAAUGCUACCGGUGCGGCAGCUCUACUCAUCUAGCCAACAAAUGCGAGAUAACACAAGGAAAGAAGUGUAAUAAGUGCGGGAAAAUUGGACAUUUCAGUAAAGUUUGUUUGACCCAGUCAAAACAGGUGCGUUAUGUCAAGCCGGACACAAGCUCAUCCGACAAUGAUGAUUUUGUCUUCCACCUGUCGACACUAGAGAAAGACACAAAUCCAACCAUCACAACGAUAAACAUCAACGAUGCUGAAUGUGAAGUAAUGAUUGAUAGCGGCAGUUCUGUUAACAUCCUGGACAGCAGGAUUAUCAAACAAAUGCACAUCAUCCCGGAUAUCCACCCAUACUCAAAAAGGGUACUUGCUUAUAAUGGACAACCAAUACCAAUCACUGGCUACAUAUGGACAACAGUCAAAGCUAAUACCAUAACCAAACAGGUGAAGUGGCUCAUCAUGGAAAAUCCACGCACCAACAUCAUGGGGUACCAAACUGCUAUGGCACUCCAACUGCUUCACUUUGGACCACUCACAAACCAUGUCAACAACAUCCUGUCUGCAGAGGAACAACUACAUACCCUCCUCAACAAAUACUCUGACCGCUUCAAAGGACUUGGGCAACUCAAAGAUGUCAAGAUCAAAAUUCAAGUAGACAAUACUGUUGUACCAGUUGCCCAGAAACCACGACGGUUACCGAUAAUGCUACAGAAAGAAGUCGAUCAGGAGAUAAGAAUACGACUAUGCAUCGACAUGCGAGUUGCAAACUCUGCAAUCAUCCGUGAACCUUACCAAAUACCCACGUUGGAAGAAGUUCUUCACGAAUUUAAUGGUUGUACCAUAUUCACCACCCUGGAUUUAAAUCAAGGAUAUCACCAAAUAACUUUGGAUGACGAAUCACGAGAUCUCACCGCAUUCGCAUCCAGCAAAGGGAUUUUGAGGUACACCAGGUUGAUAUAUGGCAUCUCUCCAGCUGCAGAAAUAUACCAACGAGAAAUUGAACAUGUACUACAGGGAUUGAAACGCGUCCGCAAUAUCUCCGAUGAUAUAAUCAUUGGAGCAGAGUCAGAAAAGGAGCUGCUAAAACGGACCGAAGCCGCACUAAAACGACUUAGAAGACAUAACAUCACUGUCAACAAAGACAAAUGCAAAUUUAACCAGAAAGAGCUAACAUACAUGGGACACACACUGUCGGAUAAAGGAUUAUCGCCAGACAACCGCAAGAUCGAAGCGGUGAACACACUGAAACCCCCUUCCAACAUCAAGGAACUGCGUUCAUUCCUGGGCAUGAUCAACUACUGUGCAAAGUUCCUACCAAACUUAGCAGACCUGACAGCACCACUACGUGUUCUCACCAAGAAAAACGUAUCUUGGGAAUGGACCAAUGAACAUCAAGAAAGAUUUAUAAAGCUAAAAUCCAUGCUGACAUCAGCAGAAAGUCUAGCCUACUACAACCCAGGGUCGGAAACAGAGAUCACCGUUGAUGCAUCACCCAUCGGUCUAGGCGCAGUUAUCUCACAGAAACAACCUUGUGGAACCUAUCGACCUAUCAGCUAUGCAAGCAGAUCGCUGUCUGCUGCCGAACAAAGAUACAGUCAGAUUGAACGUGAAGCUCUAGCCAUAUUAUUUGCCAUUGAACGAUUCAAGAUCUAUCUGUACGGCAUCACGUUUAUCGUCAACACCGAUCACAAACCGUUGGUGGCACUGUUCGGGAAGAAAUCUAACCCACCACCAAGGAUAGAACGCUGGGUAAUGAAACUGCUUCCGUAUGAUUUCAUUGUUCAAUUUCGACCCGGAGUCAACAACCCAGCAGAUUACCUCUCUCGAUCGAACCCCGUACAAACACUCAGAGAAGACAGCAAAAUGGCAGACCGAUACAUACACAUGGUUUGCAACACCAGUCUGCCAGUAGCGCUGUCCCUUACUACCAUACAAGAAGCAACUCACCGUGACCCAGUCCUCGUGAAGCUGAAGGAGUGCCUACGCAAAGGGCACUUUCCUGACAAAGGAGCAGUCACCACUUUCAAGCGUCAACGACUGCAUUUGUCCGUCUCGAAAGAAAUUGUCAUGUGUGACAACAAAAUUGUCGUGCCAGAGGAAUUGAAGCACCGCGUGAUCGACCUUGCACAUGAGGGACACCAGGGAAUAGUGCGCACUAAGCAACGUCUGCGCACAAAGGUCUGGUGGCCGGCAAUGAACGCAGACGUUGAAAAUUUCAUACGUCAUUGUCACCCUUGCCAAGUGGUUGGUCCUGCACAGACUCCAUCACCAAUGGAAAUAACUCCGAUCCCCCGGGGAGCAUGGCUAAUGUUAGGCUGCGACCUGUGUGGCCCGUUUCCGACAGGAGAAAAUCUUCUCGUGUGUAUCGACUACUUCAGUAGAUUUCCGGAAGUAGAGAUUCUGCAUAAAAUCACAUCGACCGCCAUCGUCACAAAACUACGAAAACUUUUCAGCCGAUACGGGGCACCCGAAGAACUGGUGAGCGACAAUGGACCUCAAUUUGUCAGCAACACAUUUAAAAAACUAAUGAACGAAUUCAACAUCCACCACAGAAGAGUAACACCAUACCACCCACAGGCCAAUGGCGAAGUAGAGCGUUUUAAUCGCAACCUGAAAAAGGUCGUUCAGACGGCGAUAGCAGAAGCUAAAGACUGGCGUGUUGUAAUGCAAAACUUUUUGCUUAAUUAUCGCAACACGCCACACGCCACCACAGGAGUCACGCCAGCCGAACUGUUGUUCAAUAGGACACUCAGGGACAAACUUCCCAGUCCCAGUGAAUGCGAUGGAAAAACAAGUCGACCAGAUAUUCGUCGUCUAGAUACUACAAAAAAGACGCAAGCCAAGAUCUUAAUGGACAAAUCCAGACGUGCCAAACCGCACCAAAUCAAGGUUGGCACACCAGCUUUGGCCACCAACAGCUGGAAACACAAAAAUAAGUACACCAGUCGCUGGGACCCAAGACCUUUCGUCGUCACUGGGGUAAAAGGGAGUGCUAUAUUCUUAAAGCGAGAUGGCAAGGAUACACUAAGAAACUCUGGACAGGUUAAGACGUAUCACACACCACGAUUCACCAUACAAAAUCGUGCAAACCAAAUGACGAGCUCUGAGGAUAGUGACAGCGACUUCGAACUAGAGCUACCAUCAAUCGACAAUGAUAUACACAACGAAAAUAUUAUAGAUAACAGUUACGACGCUGAUACUGACAGCGAUGCAACGGUAGCAUACGACGAAUCCGAUACAGAAAAGUACAACGACAGAGGAAGCAACGAUAAGCCCGAUGACGAGGCGAAGACUGACAACGAAAUGAAAAAACGAACUCGAAACAAACCACGAAGACUUGAUGAUUUCGUGAUGGACUAA